CUGCGCAGAGCUGCACCCGCCUGCACUACAAGAACGCAAACCUGCCUGCGCAUAGGCACAGUGUGCACGGAUAUACAAAACAUGGCGGCGUCCUUGCAGCGGUUUGGCUUUGUGGGAAGGGGUUUUCUGAGAAGUAGUUUAUUAAAGACAAAUGCCUUAACCAAGCACAUUAUUGGAUCGAACAGACACAGAACCACCCAGGCAGCCAGCCAAGUGAUUUUAAAUGUACCCGAAACUAAGGUCACCACUUUAGAGAACGGACUCCGUGUUGCAUCUGAAGAUUCUGGGCUGUCAACAUGCACGGUGGGGCUCUGGAUUGAUGCUGGGAGUCGGUACGAAAAUGAAAGAAACAAUGGAACGGCUCAUUUCCUGGAGCACAUGGCUUUCAAGGGCACUAAGAAGCGGUCACAGCUGGAUCUCGAACUGGAGAUUGAGAACAUGGGGGCUCACCUGAAUGCGUACACCUCCAGAGAACAAACUGUCUAUUAUGCCAAGGCGUUCUCUAAAGAUCUUCCCAGAGCCGUGGAAAUCCUUGCUGAUAUUAUCCAGAACAGCACGCUAGGCGAAGCGGAGAUUGAGCGCGAGCGAGGGGUCAUCCUGCGAGAGAUGCAGGAAGUUGAGACCAACUUGCAGGAAGUGGUAUUUGACUACCUCCAUGCCACAGCCUAUCAGUCGACAGCACUGGGCCGAACAAUCCUGGGGCCCACCGAGAACAUCAAAACAAUAAAUCGGAAUGACCUUGUUGAAUACAUCACUACGCAUUAUAAAGGCCCAAGGAUAGUACUGGCAGCUGCUGGAGGCGUGUCACACAGUGAGCUGAUUGACCUGGCUAAGUACCAUUUUGGUAGGCUGCCUGCUAAGUACGAAGGAGAAGCCCCAGCCCUUCCUCCGUGCAGGUUCACAGGCAGCGAGGUCCGUGUGAGGGACGACAAGAUGCCCCUGGCACACAUUGCCAUAGCUGUGGAGGCAGUGGGCUGGUCCCAUCCCGAUACCAUCCCUCUCAUGGUGGCCAACACGCUGAUCGGCAACUGGGACCGGUCCUUUGGAGGCGGUGUGAAUCUGUCCAGCACGUUAGCUCAGAUGGCCUGCCAGGGCAAUCUGUGCCACAGCUUCCAGUCCUUCAACACCUGCUACACCGACACAGGUCUGUGGGGUCUCUAUAUGGUCUGUGAGCCAAGUACCAUUGCCGAGAUGAUGCAUUUCACUCAGAGAGAAUGGAUGUCCCUAUGUACAAGUGUCACUGAAAGUGAGGUAGCACGUGCCAAGAAUCUACUGAAAACAAACAUGCUUCUGCAUCUUGAUGGAUCCACUCCUAUCUGUGAGGACAUUGGUAGACAGAUGCUGUGCUACAGCCGCAGAAUUCCCCUUCCUGAGCUGGAGGCUAGAAUUGACGCCAUCGAUGCCAAAACCAUCAAGGAUGUCUGUACAAAAUAUAUCUAUGACAAAUGUCCUGCGGUUGCUGCUGUUGGACCCAUUGAACAGCUUCCAGACUACAACAAAAUCCGGAGUGGAAUGUACUGGCUGAGAACAUAGGACUAAGAACAUGGCUAUUUUAUACAAUAACUAUGGCUAUAAUUUACCUUGAAAUGAUUGUUCUGUGAAAAUAAAGUGGUGUACAAGAAAGAAAGAUUAAAAAUAUUAAACGUU